UGUUAUUUCCUGUUAUUCCUUUUUCCUUUUUUAUUAAUUUCUUUUGUUUGAAUGUAUUUUGACGUUGAUAAUUUCAACUAUUCAAAUGAAAUGAAGGCGUCAUCAAACAUAUAUAGAAUCAUUUAAAGAGCCCUGGUCAUUGCAAAAUAGUGUUUUCUCUUUACGGAUUAAUACAAAUGCAUUCAGAUAAUUAAAGAAACAUAAGAAAAAUACAAAACAUUAAUACUGAAAGAGUCAGUGAUAUAGUACGGUUAUUCUUAAAGGAAUAUUGCAAGUAUGCUACUUACACAAAGCAUUGUCAAGUGCUAUUCCCUCACAAACUUACAAUGGAUACUUUUCUUUUGCCUAAUAUUUUCGACAGUUUCAGUGGAAACGUAUGCGAUAGGUAACAAACGAAUAGGCAGGAUUGAUUAUGUUACAAGUCAUAAAUUGUCGAAUACAAGUCAUCAACAACUUGAAAGUUCUAAUAAAAAUAACAAGGAGAUAGACAAGGGUUCUUCUAACAUACGGAAAGUCGCUUCAAGACCGAAAAAUACUAACAAUGAGAAUAAAAUGUUUCUUGAAUUAAGUGAAUUGAGAACAAUGCACAAACAAUUAAAUCAACGUAAAAAAGUCAACGACCCUAUGAAUUUAAAGAAUCAAAGACUUCUACAACAAAUUGAAAAACAAAUACAACUUCGUGAAGUACAACAUGGUCUUAAUAAAGAUCCAAAUCAGAAACAUUCAAUUCAAGGUACAUCUGAAAUACCAUCUCGACCAAUGCAACGAAUGUUUUAUCCGAAACAAACACUUAAAGUCAAACCGCCAAACAUGAGUCAAAUGGAACGUUCUUUGCAAAAUUUUAUUUCGGAAAGUGCUGUUCGACGUCCGAUGACACGAAAUGCUAUCCAAACACAGCAUUACACAUACAAUAGUCAUUUAAAUCCGAACGUUAAAAAGGAAAAUAAUAUUAUAUCUCACUACCAAAGACCACAAAGUAUUAUACAAGAUCAAUCGUCACUUACAUCAAACGUUAUUAAAGAAACGGCCACACCUCGACACAUCUUAAUCCCUUUAAGUGCAUUUACGUCAGGUCAGGCUUUUAAUGGCAAAAUUAUAUUGCCUCGAAGACAUUUUUAUUCAACAAGCAAAGGCAACAAAAUAUUAGUUCCAAAAGAACAACAAAUAAAAAUAGCUCCGAUACCGCAGUUGUCAACUCCAGUACAAUCUACUUCUACAUCCACUACCACGAGAGCAUCACCACCGUCGACGACUCCUUCUACUGUCAGUCCAAUGACAUCUUAUAUAACAUCACCUUCCUCUUUAAGUAUUCAUGAAACGACAACACCAUGGGAUUUUGACACAAUGAAACAGAAGUUUAUGGAACGUGCUGUUAAGAAACAAGACUUGGAGAUUAAAAAAUUGAAACUCGAAAUUCGUGUUCUUCAACGUGAAGAGAAACAUGAGAACGUAUCACAAAUGGAAAAUGACGAUGCUCAACAACCUCGGCGUGGAAAAUUUGGCCAGAGGCAACACAUGUUUCCAUAUUUCCGGUGACUAGGACUGGAACAUAAAACUGAAUUUGAUAGACUUAGCAAAGAUAAAAUCAAUCAAAACAGUUUUCAAACUUUAAAUCCGAAAACUGUGCAAAUUGUACCAUUGACAUUCAAUGAAAAGGCAAACAAAUUGACAUUUAAAUUCAAGUUUAAAAUUUGAUUUUCCUCUCUGAUCACACAUCAAAUAAUUUAAAUUAUACACAUCAUCCAUUUUUAUUUAUAUCUAAACACAUCUUGUUCUACAUCAACCAUGUACCUAUGUUCUUUACUUUUUAUUUCCAAUAACAUACAGUGAUAUUAAACAGUCACACUAUUUAAAGUUAAAUUAUUUUCUGUAACGGUUUUCAUUUUCAGCUUUAUUCAUGCCAAAUGCUUAUAAAUAUGUAAAACAAACUUAUACAUGUAAUGUUUUAGUUAUAGCACAAUGUUAACCGCGCAAUGUUUCCCCCCUUUCUUCAACAAAUAUAAUUUAUUUCCGGUUAUAAAUCUACGGUGGCAUGGAGGGGACAUCAGAAAUAUUUUAUCUAUCACGUGCGCACGCGAUGGGGACAUCAGAAAUAUUUUAUCUAUCACGUGCGCACGCGAUGGGGACAUCAGAAAUAUUUUAUCUAUCACGUGCGCACGCGAUAGCUACUACGUGCGCACGCCAUAGCUUCUACGUGCGCACGCUACUACUAAUACGUGCGCACGCGACAGCUACUACGUGCGCACGUAAUACCUUCCAUUUCUAAAAUGGACAGGGAAGUGAAGUGCUUAUUCAUGACUUGUUUGAAAUUAAAAGCUAUCGCGUGCGCACGUAAUAAAUUGUACGUGCGCGCUUAGUAGCUAUUGCGUGCGCACGUAGUAGUCAUAACGUGCGCACGUGGUAGCUAUCGCGUGCGCACGUGGCAUUUAAAUAUUUUCCGAUGUCCCCAAUCGCGUGCGCACGUGACAGAUAAAAUAUUUCUGAUGUCCUCCAUCGCGUGCGCACGUGAUAGAUAAAAUAUUUCUGAUGUCCCCCAUCGCGUGCGCACGUGAUAGAUAAAAUAUUUCUGAUGUCCCCAUCGCGUGCGCACGUGAUAGAUAAAAGAUUUCUGAUGUCCCCCAUCGCGUGCGUACGUGAUAGAUAAAAUAUGUCCCCUCUAUGCCACCGUAUAAAUCAAGUAAGUACAGUAAAAUCUAGUUCGAAUGCUUUUUAUUAUAAAGGCAACAUUUGAUGUUAAUCAUUGUCAAUAUUUAUGUUUACAAGUCUUCUUAAUAAACGUUUUCCAAACCUUCCAUUUUAUUUAGUAAAUACCUAUUACAUAACUAGGUGAUCAAACUCUGCUUUAACUAAGAAUUACAAAAUAGUGUCACAUUGUUAAAAGCGUUUCCUACGGGAGAUUGUUUUUGCUUAAGACUAUCUAUGCAUGGUGUCAAAGACAGAAAUGUCGUUCAUCAAAUCGAGCCUGCAACUUUUUCAAUUUUGCAGCGUUGCGACCUUUAUUGUUUCCAUGUUUCAAGUGUUAGUAUUUAUCUAUGGAUAUGUGAAAAAGAUUUUAAAAGGAACAUGACUGCCAACUAUUUAAUUCAUUGAAGUGGUUUUAUCGCGUAUUAACUUCAAUUGGUGUUAACUGUUGAAUAAUUUUCAAAAAUAAAUAUUAGCAGCUAUUAAUGUUUUCU